UACGUCAACGUCGGUCAAGAGAUGCGAACCCAAAGCAAAGCAAAAGCCCAAAGAAACUAACAAAACCCAACUGACACAGGCAACCGUGCAAAAAACCAAUAAACUAGCAACUAAAAAAAUCUCUUUCGGGUGAGUUUUGUCUUAAUAACACAACACAACAGGACAGACCAAAUCUAAGCCUCUCUUCUUCUUAAAUGUAUAUUUUUCAGUUUAUUAUUAUAAUGUUUACUUCCCAUAUCUCAAAUUCCAUAAUCAUCGUCACUAUCUGAAAAACCCCACUUCAAAAAUUAAAGAAAAAAAAAAAAAAAAUCCUCCAGUCACCUGCUCAAGCAAGGUAAAACUAGUGCAUACCCUUUAUUUCUUUUCAUAUUUUUAGCAUUUAGGGAUAUUCGAUUUAGGGUUUUUUUUGGGGAAAAUUCCUCAGGGUGAUUAGAGUUAGGGUUUCUUUUUGGAGUAAAGUGAAGUAAAAACUCACACAAGAUGCAGCAGCCACCGCAAAUGAUUCCUGUGAUGCCUUCAUUUCCACCUACUAAUAUCACUACUGAACAGAUUCAGAAGUGCCUUGAUGAGAACAAGAAGCUGAUUUUGGCAAUUUUGGACAAUCAGAAUCUUGGAAAACUCAAUGAAUGCGCCCAGUAUCAAGCUCAGCUGCAAAAGAAUUUGAUGUACUUAGCUGCAAUCGCUGAUGCACAACCACAAACGUCAACAAUGCCUCCUCAGAUGGCACCACAUCCUGCAAUGCAACCAGGAGGAUAUUUUAUACAACAUCCUCAGGCUGCUGCAAUGGCACAGCAACCUGGUAUUUUCCCCCAAAAGGUGCCAUUGCAAUUCAAUAGCCCACAUCAAAUACAGGAUCCACAGCAGCAUCAACAAGCCAUGCAAGGUCAAAUUGGAAUCAGACCUGGAGGGCCCAAUAAUGGCAUGCAUCCUAUGCACACUGAUGCUACUCUUGGAGGUGGCACCAGUAGUGGUCCCCCUUUACCUUCAGGCCCAAACAGUGGACGUGGUGGAAGCAAGCAAGAGGGCUCUGAAGCUGGUGCUGAUGGACAGGGCAGCACCGCUGGUGGGCACAGUGGUGGUGAUGGACUGGAGGAGGCAAAGUGACUGCCUUAAUCGGUUGUUUUGAUUGGUUACUUGUGGCUGUUGAUGGUUGGUGCCUCUUACAAUUGGAGUUGUAUUUCUCUGGUGAUCUUUUGAGAGACGGUGUUAGAAUUAAAAUUUUCUUGUUGCUCUUUAAUUUAACAGUUUAGGUAGGUAACUUUUGUUGAGGUUCUUGGCAUGCCAAUGAAUUAAAAAAACAGGCGGUUAGACAAUGAUGGUUUACUUGUAAAAGCAGGUUUAAAGCAUGUGGUCACUACCUCCAGUGCUGUAAUUUUGUACCUAUUAAAGCUUUGCAGCGUGUAUCUGAAUUGUGAUCCGAUUUAAGUUCCCUUAGUUGUUACUGGCAAUGGUUGUGUUUAAAACCCUAUGUAAAUCAAGGUGUGGUCGAAAUGGAACCUACCACGAGAGCUCUUAAUGUCAAAAAUGACUGGUCAAGUUCCUAAGUCAUGUUAAGGAGCUGUAAGCAGUUGGCUUCUCAUUUACAAGCAGGGGACCAUGAGAUGAGGCUAAGGCAAUGGUUGCGCGAAGAUGAUGUUUCUAAUCUCUAUAGUUUCUAGGUGAAGGAAGUGUGCCAGAAUUGUUAGCUUUACUUACCUUUUAAUCAUCUGAGUUGGGAGAAAAUUCAAUUUCCAUUACUAGAAGAAAUAAAUGGCGCCCAACUUAGAGGAAGGAAAGGUAAAAAGAAACUAAUAACAAGAGAGCAGAGGAAAAGAAAGAAAUUUGUCUUCUCAAGGAUCUAAAAAUAACGAGAAAAGGAAAUAUCCAUGAACAUGAUCAUGAUUCUCCUGGAACCUUUGGGUGAGAGUCUUGUAUUAACUAUAAGUUUGGAGAUCAAUCUGAAGCUGUUUUUAUUAGC